AUGGCGCACUCAAAGCGCAACACCUCGCUCCCCCACUUCACCUCCUACGAAAGAAGCCUCCUCCGCAAUUCAUGGGGCACAAAGCGCAGCGUGAUCGGUCGCGACUCGUUCCUCCCAUUCGCCUCCUGCAAACUAUGCCUGCAACCCGCGCGCUUGCCCGUCGUCUCCUGCCCGACGAACGGCGACCUCUUCUGUCGCGAAUGCGCCAUCAACGACCUCGUCGAACAGCGGCAGGAAAUCAAGCGCCUCGAGCGCGAGCGAGACGAGGCGAAGAAGCGCCUUGCGGAAGAAGAGGAGCGGACGCUGGAGGAAGCAAGACAGAAGGAUUUACAUGAGUUCGAGCUUAUUUCGAUGGGGCUAGAGGCUGUGGUGAAGGGGGAUGGGAAGAAGCGGAAAGCGGAGGAUGAGGCUGCGCUGGCGAGGUUUAAGGCAAGGGAGAUUGAGGUUGGUGGGGAGAGGAAGAAGGUUUUUGAGAUGAGUGAGAAAGAGAUGGCGGAUGUUGUGAGGAGUGAGAAGGAGAGGUUGAAGGAGGACUUGAAGGAGAAGAAGUUUAAGGACAGCAAGUCCGAGUUACCGUCUUUCUGGGUCCCGUCUCUUACGCCUGGUACCGACCCCAACGAAAUUGCUGCGAAUAUGGAGAUCAAAUUGGCGCCUAUUUGCCCCGGGUCAUCGGAGACGCACCGACAUGAGUAUUCCCUCAAGACGCUGGUUGAGGUGCAUUUUACGGAAGAGAAGACGGCGGAUGGAACAGUUUCGAGAGUUUGUCCCAGCUGCAAGAAGAACCUCAGCAAUGGACUGAAGGCAAUGCUCACGAAACCCUGCGGCCAUGUUAUUUGCCAACCAUGUGUCACCAAGUUCAUGACACCUCACGACGUGAUGGACCCCCACGCCACUAGAGAAGAACAAGCUAAGCACGGGCUGGUCCUGUGCUAUGUUUGCGAGACAGAUAUUACGCCUCGCGGGCCGGGCGCUGAGAAGGCUGAUGCGGAUGACGGCGAGGAUAGGAAGUCCAAGAAGAAGAAGAAGAAGGAGAAGACCGCCACUCGACCGGGACUGGUCGAGAUUAACUCGGAGGGUACUGGAUUUGCUGGCGGUGGUGGAAAUGUGGCUACAAAGGCUGGCGUGGCCUUCCAGUGCUAA